UUUUAAAUUGACGGGGGUCAUUUGGACUGCUUGCUUGGGGAGCACCUCGUCGACGGCCACCUUCUCCAAACUCCAGCUUUCCAAAUCCGAACUUCCUUCUCGUUAUCAUCUGGCCCUCCACCACUAGCCAAGAUGUCCAACAAGGCCCCGUCAGAGGACGAGAAGUUCCUCUUCGUCGAUAAGGACUUCCUGAACAGCCCCAUGGCUCAGGCCGACUGGUCGGCCAAGAAGCUGGUUUGGAUCCCCUCGGAGAGGCACGGCUUCGAGGCGGCCAGCGUCAAGGAGGAGCACGGCGACGAGGUGCUGGUGGAGCUGGCUGAUAACGGCAAGAAGGUCACUGUCAACAAGGACGACAUCCAGAAGAUGAACCCGCCCAAGUUCAGCAAGGUGGAGGACAUGGCCGAGCUCACCUGCCUUAAUGAAGCCUCUGUGUUGCACAAUCUACGCGAGAGGUACUUCUCCGGGCUCAUUUAUACGUACUCUGGCCUGUUCUGUGUGGUGGUGAAUCCGUAUAAAAUGCUGCCCAUCUACUCCGAGAAGAUCAUCGACAUGUACAAAGGGAAGAAACGGCAUGAAAUCCCCCCUCAUAUCUACGCUAUAGCUGACAAUGCCUACAGAAACAUGAUGCAAGAUCGUGAGGACCAGUCCAUUCUCUGCACAGGCGAGUCUGGUGCCGGGAAAACGGAGAACACCAAGAAGGUCAUCCAGUAUCUGGCUGUUGUGGCCUCGUCUCACAAAGGCAAAAAGGACAGCAGCGCUCAACAAUCAGGAUCACAGUUUGCAUACGGUGAGCUGGAGAAGCAGCUUCUGCAGGCCAAUCCCAUCCUUGAGGCCUUCGGAAACGCCAAGACCAUCAAAAAUGACAACUCCUCUCGAUUUGGAAAAUUCAUCCGCAUUAACUUUGAUGUGACGGGCUACAUCGUUGGAGCCAACAUUGAGACUUACCUGCUGGAAAAGUCCCGGUGCAUCCGGCAGGCGAAGACGGAAAGAGCUUUUCACAUCUUCUACUACAUGAUCGCUGGCGCCAAAGACAAACUGAAAGAGGACCUUCUUCUGGAGCCCUUCAGUAAUUACCGCUUCCUGAGUGCGGGCCACGUUCAGAUCUCUGGACAGCAAGACGAUGAGCUGUUCGAGGAGACCAUGGAGGCAAUGAACAUCAUGGGCUUCACUGACGAGGAAAGAAUUGACAUAUUGAAGGUUUGCUCCACGGUAAUGCAGCUGGGAAACAUUGAGUUCAAGAAGGAGAGGAAUCAAGAGCAGGCCACCAUGCCGGACAACACUGCGGCACAGAAGGUUUGCCACCUGCAGGGCAUCAACGUGACGGACUUCACCAGAGCAAUCCUCACCCCUCGUAUCAAAGUGGGCAGAGAGGUGGUGCAGAAGGCACAAACCAAAGAGCAGGCUGAUUUUGCUAUCGAAGCUUUGGCUAAGGCUGUUUUUGAGCGACUCUUCCGCUGGAUCCUGGGCCGUGUCAACAAAACAUUGGACAAGACCAAACGUCAGGGAGCCUCCUUCCUGGGAAUCCUCGAUAUUGCCGGCUUUGAGAUUUUUGAAGACAACUCAUUUGAGCAGCUGUGCAUCAACUACACCAACGAGAAGCUGCAGCAGCUCUUCAACCACACCAUGUUCAUCCUGGAGCAGGAGGAGUACCAGAGGGAGGGCAUCGAGUGGAACUUCAUCGACUUUGGACUUGACCUGCAGCCCUGCAUCGAGCUCAUUGAGAGGCCGAACAAUCCUCCAGGCAUCUUGGCCCUGCUGGAUGAAGAGUGCUGGUUCCCAAAAGCCACAGAUGUCUCUUUUGUGGAGAAACUCAUGAACACGCAAGGAAGCCAUGUGAAGUUUGCCAAACCAAAGCAGCUCAAAGACAAAACAGAGUUUUCCAUUCUUCACUAUGCUGGAAAGGUAGAUUAUAAUGCAACAGCCUGGCUGACAAAGAACAUGGACCCUCUAAAUGACAACGUCACAGCACUGCUCAACAACUCCUCCAGCCCAUUUGUGCAGGACCUCUGGAAAGAUUCGGACCGGGUGGUUGGUCUGGACACAAUAGCCAAGAUGACGGACAGCUCCAUGCCAAGCGGGUCAAAAACCAAGAAGGGAAUGUUUCGUACUGUGGGACAGCUCUACAAGGAGUCUCUGGCAAAGCUCAUGACAACACUGCACAACACUCAGCCCAACUUCGUCAGAUGCAUCAUCCCGAACCACGAGAAGAGGGCAGGGAAGCUGGACGCACACCUGGUGCUUGAGCAGCUGAGGUGUAAUGGUGUGUUGGAGGGAAUCCGAAUCUGUCGGCAAGGUUUUCCAAAUCGAAUUGUCUUCCAGGAGUUCCGUCAAAGAUAUGAAAUCUUGGCUGCAAGUGCUAUUCCAAAAGGCUUCAUGGAUGGCAAACAAGCCUGCUGCCUCAUGAUCAAGCAUCUUGACUUGGACCCCAACCUGUACAGGAUUGGACAGAGUAAGAUCUUCUUCCGAACUGGAGUGCUUGCCCAGUUGGAGGAGGAGAGAGACCUGAAGAUCACCGUGAUCAUAAUCGCUUUCCAGGCUCAGGCGAGAGGCUUCCUGGCUAGAAAGGCAUUUGCCAAGAGGCAGCAGCAGCUAACAGCCAUGAAAGUGAUCCAAAGGAACUGUGCUGCUUACCUUAAACUCAGGAACUGGCAGUGGUGGAGACUCUUCACAAAGGUCAAGCCUCUGCUGCAAGUGACCCGACAAGAGGAGGAGAUGAGUCUAAAGGAGGAAGAGCUGAACAGAGCCAAAGAGGUGGCAACCAAGUUUGAAUCAGAGCUAAAAGAAAUCACCUUGAAACACUCUCAGAUUGUAGAGGAGCGGAACGCCCUGCAGGAGCAGCUCCAGGCUGAGACCGAGCUGUACGCAGAGGCAGAGGAGAUGAGGGUCCGCCUGGCAGCGAAGAAGCAAGAGUUGGAGGAGAUCCUCCAUGAGAUGGAGGCCAGGCUGGAUGAAGAGGAAGAACGCGCUCAGACACUGCUGCUGGACAAGAAGAAGAUGCAGCAGCAGAUGCAGGAACUGGAGGAGCAUUUGGAAGAAGAAGAGGAUGCUCGUCAAAAGCUGCAGCUGGAGAAAGUGACGUGUGAUGGAAAGAUAAAAAAGCUGGAGGAUGACAUCCUGGUCAUGGAGGACCAAAACAACAAGCUGCUUAAGGAGCGCAAGCUGAUGGAGGAAAGAAUUGCUGAUUUUAGUGCCAAUCUGGCAGAGGAAGAGGAGAAAUCCAAAAACCUCACAAAGCUCAAAAAUAAACACGAGUCCAUGAUCUCAGAUUUAGAAGUCCGCUUGAAGAAAGAAGAAAAAACUCGGCAGGAGCUGGACAAGGCAAAGCGCAAGUUGGAGGCAGAAUCCAAUGACUUACAAGAGCAAAUAGCCGACCUGCAGGCCCAGAUCGCUGACCUUAAGGCUCAGCUGGCCAAGAAGGAAGAAGAAUUACAGAAUGCAUUGUCCAGGUUAGAAGAUGAGACUGCCCAGAAAAACAACGCUCUGAAGAAGAUCAGGGAGCUGGAGGGUCACAUCUCCGAUCUGCAGGAGGACCUCGACUCGGAGCGAGCGGCCAGGAACAAGGCGGAGAAGAUCAAGCGCGACCUCGGCGAGGAGCUGGAGGCUCUCAAAUCAGAGCUAGAAGACACUCUGGACACAACUGCAACUCAGCAAGAGUUGAGAGCCAAACGAGAACAAGAGGUGACCCUGCUGAAGAGAGCCAUUGAUGAGGAGAACCGCACACACGAGGCCCAAAUACAGGAAAUGCGACAGAAACACACCCAAGCUGUGGAGGAGCUGACGGAGCAGCUGGAGCAGUCCAAACGAGUGAAGUCCAAUCUGGAGAAGGCUAAACAAGCUCUGGAGAAGGAAACCUCUGAGUUAACCAUGGAGGUGCGCUCACUGACUCAGGCCAAACAGGACGGGGAGCACAAGAGGAAGAAGCUGGAGGGCCAGGUGGCAGAUCUGCAGUCGCGCUUCUCCGACAGCGAGAAGCAGAAGGCUGAGCUGGGAGAGCGCUGCUCUAAGAUCACGGUUGAACUGGAGAGUGUUACAAACUUACUGAAUGAAGCAGAGGGAAAGAACAUCAAACUGAGCAAAGACGUGACCAGCCUUUCUUCCCAGCUCCAAGACACGCAGGAGCUGCUGGCCGAGGAGACGCGUCAGAAACUGCAGAUCUCCACAAAGUUGCGUCAAGCAGAAGACGACAAGAACAGCCUGCAGGAGCAGCUGGAGGAGGAGAUGGAGGCCAAGAGGAACGUGGAGCGACACGUUUCCACCCUCAACAUCCAGUUAUCAGAUGCUAAGAAGAAGCUGGAAGAGAUGUCGGGUAACGUAGAGCUUCUGGAAGAGGGAAAAAAGCGACUGCAAAGAGACCUGGAGGCGGCCAACACUCAGUUCGAAGAGAAGGCCUCUGCGUACGAUAAGCUGGAGAAGACCAAGAACCGCCUGCAGCAAGAACUGGAGGACACAUUGAUGGACCUGGACAACCAGAGACAGAUAGUGUCCAACCUAGAGAAGAAGCAGAAGAAGUUUGACCAGAUGCUGGCUGAGGAGAAGAGCAUCUCCAGUAAAUACGCAGAUGAGAGGGAUCGCGCAGAAGCCGAGGCCAGAGAAAAGGAAACCAAGGCUCUGUCGCUGGCGAGGGCCCUGGAGGAGGCCCAGGAUGCCAGAGAGGAGCUGGAGCGGGCCAACAAGGCCCUGAGGGUGGAGAUGGAAGACCUGAUCAGUUCCAAGGAUGAUGUGGGAAAAAAUGUCCACGAGCUGGAGAAGUCCAAACGAGGCCUGGAGGCGCAGGUGGAGGAAAUGAAGACCCAGCUGGAGGAGCUGGAGGACGAGCUGCAGGCAGCCGAAGACGCCAAGCUGCGUCUGGAGGUCAACAUGCAGGCGUUGAAGGCCCAGUUCGAACGAGACCUUCAGGGACGGGACGAGAUGGGAGAAGAGAAGAAGAGGCAACUGGUCAAACAGGUCCGCGAGUUAGAGACCGAGCUGGAAGAUGAACGUAAACAGAGGGCCCAGGCCGCAGCAGCCAAGAAGAAGCUGGAGACGGACAUGAAGGAUCUGGAGGGACAGAUCGAGACGGCCAAUAAGGGACGAGACGAGGCCAUCAAGCAGCUCCGCAAGCUUCAGGGUCAGAUGAAGGACUACCAGAGGGAGCUGGACGAUGCUCGUGCUGCGAGGGAGGAGGUUCUGUCCACAGCGAAGGAGAGCGAGAGGAAGGCCAAGAGUCUGGAGGCUGAACUCAUGCAAUUGCAGGAGGAACUGGCUGCAGCCGAAAGAGCCCGGAAGCAGGCAGAGGCCGAGCGAGACGAACUUUCUGAUGAGCUGGCAAGCAACUCUUCUGGAAAAUCCGCACUGGCGGAUGAGAAACGUCGACUUGAAGCCAAGAUAACCCAGUUGGAGGAGGAGCUGGAGGAGGAGCAGGGCAACAUGGAGAUCCUCAACGACAGACUGAGGAAGAGCGCACAGCAGGUGGAGCAGCUGAACAACGAGCUGCAGACGGAGCGCAGCACCUCCCAGAAGAACGAGAGCGCUCGGCAGCAGAUGGAGCGCCAAAACAAGGAGCUGAAAGCCAAGCUGCAGGAGAUGGAGAACCAGGUCAAGUCCAAGUUCAAGUCCUCAAUCUCUGCUCUGGAGGCCAAGGUGGCACAGCUGGAGGAGCAGCUGGAGCAGGAGAACAGAGAUAAGCAGGCAUCUGCCAAGAACAUCCGCCAGAAGGACAAGAAGCUCAAAGACAUGAUGAUUCAGCUUGAAGAUGAGAGGAAACAAUCGGAGCAAUACAAGGAUCAGGCGGAGAAGGCAAACACUCGCAUGAAGCAGCUGAAGAGGCAGUUGGAGGAGUCUGAGGAAGAGUCUCAGCGCGCCACAGCGGCCCGCAGGAAGCUGCAGCGAGAGCUGGACGAAGCCACUGAGGCCAAUGACGCCAUGAGCCGCGAGGUCAACUCCCUCAAGAACAAACUCAGGCGUGGAAACGAGCCGUCCUUCAGCAGCGCGCCGCGGCGUAUGGGCGGAGGCCGGAGAGUGAUGGAGGACGCCUCGGAGGAGGACGGAGACUCGCAGAACGACUUCAACGGAACAAAGUCCUCAGAAUAGGAGAGACAGACAUAAACGUUCAGGGGCAAUGGCCGUCACCUACAAGUUAAUGUCAAAAGCCUGCUUCGCUAUCCUUCAUGACACUUCUAAAUAUAUAUUUUCAUUUAUCUUGUCAUUUCCAGUAGUCAACAGCGUAUUCUUUAUGAAGCGCGCACACGUUCAGAAGGACUUGAUGUUCACAAAGAGGAGUUGUUCGGGUGGCUCCGUUGAUGUGAUUUGCUGUUUCUAACAAACACUGUUUUUUUUUUUUUGUUUUGUUUGUUUUUGUUUUUUUGUACUGCACUGAAUGUCUGAUUCCUCCUCGUGUAAUGUUUUGUACACAGAAAUGCCUUUUUAUCGACACCCACUUUAAAAUCUAAAGCAGGCGUGUAACUCCUGUCGUCCUGUUGCCUGUGACUGCUGUUACUGUUCCAGCGGCACUGAAAUGGGUUCAGAUUGGACGGGCAGAGUUUAGUCUUUCUGCGUCCAGUCAGUGCUGACUUUUAUAUCCCGUCAAAUAUUUAACCCAGAGUUUUUAAAGCCACUUUUUGACAUUAUUUGCACCUUCCCUGUGCUCUGUUGUGCUCAUGAUUCUGCCCACUAGAGGACAGCUGAGGUUUAUCUCCUAUAAAAUCAAUCAUGAACCACAUGUUUAUAUGGCACUGGGCACAUUUUUAUUUUCCAUUUGUUCAAAUUUACAUGUACAUUUUCUGCAAUUCUCCUCCAGUCACAUUUAAACUAAUUAAGUCUCAUUCAAUAUAAUCAGCUAUUGUUUACAUGACACUCUGUUGUAUUCUGUAAUUGUUGAACCACUUGCACAAAAAUAAAGAGCUAAAAAAAAAACAA